CCCUUUCAGUCUGAUUCACACAAGCCACUUCACAGGGAGUCAGUGAGGAGGCAGGAGUGGGAGGGGAGGAGAGAGGUAUCUCGCUGCGAGGGAGGAGGCUGGUGUGUACGAGGUGAGGACACGCAGCAGAGAGAGAGAAACAGAGAGAAAGGAGGGCAAGACAAAUGAAAAAUUCCUCCUUGGGAAGAAAGAUCCGUCCAUCAGGGAAUGACCUUUGCCACACACAUUCACACCUAGGACAAUGUGGCAAUUCCAGUCCAUCCUAGCACAUUUUUGGACUGUGGGGGAGGACUGGAAAACCCAGGGGAAUCCCCUCAGGCAUAAAAUGCAAACUCCACAGAUGCAGAGCCACGGCAGAAACUCGAUCCCUGGUCUCCCGAAGUGUAAGGUAACUGUGCCGUGUUACCCGAACCAAGGAAUGCACUCAAGUUUGCAUGUAUACAGCUUUGUCAAUAUACAGAAACAUAUAAUAAUCUCAUUUAUAGGUUCAUGAAGUCUACUGAACUGAUCGAUUGUCCCACUAAGGCAGGGGAAACAGCACUAAGGGCAGUUUAAGGCAAACAGGCAGGUUAUCAGUGUCACUGGUUGGUUCUGUCUCUGCUGAGUAAUGAAUAUGAGGGAUGCCCAGCAUCAGUAACGGGGCAUUCCUGUUUGCCUCAUUACAUUCCCCAUAUCUAUGUGUAUUAGGUAAAUUUAGCCUGAGUAUAUGAGUAAACUACUCAUCCAUCCAUUUUCCCUACCUGCUUGUCCUAUAUGCAGGGUCGCGGGGGUCUGGAAAAACCCAGGAUGGGACACCUACUCAUCUCGAGUCACUCACGCUAUUCACACCUCCAGGAAAUUCGGCUACUGCAGUUUAUAUUAGCAUGUUUUUGGACUGCGGGGGGAGACCCCCACACCAGCCUGGGGAGAACAUGUAAAAUGCACAGACGCAUAGAACCGGAGAACCGUGGUCACAAGGAGGAUGAGGCGAUUGUGCAAACCAAAGUGUCAUCAUGUUUAUCUAAGUUUCUCCUGUGGGUUGCUUGUUAAGUUGCUCAAUCUUGUAUGUUUCACUCACAAAGAAGAGCAGGACAAGACCCAGCAAGCGCUCAAAUGUAAAAUCCACGUCAUGUUUUUUCUUCCUCAGAAAAAAAAAACAAGGUACUCGAUUUUGCAAGCAUGCAAACUUGUGAAAAUAUGGAAACCUAAACUAUUAGAGUCCCCACAAAGUGCUGGUGACACCAUGACAGAUUGGUUUGUGGGAGGUCAGUUUAAGGCAAACAGGCAGGUUUUCAGUUGGUGUUGGUGGUUGGUGUUGGUGGUUGGUGUUGGUGUUGCUUCUGCUCAGAAAUGCAUAUGGGAGCAGCGAUUUAUAUCAGAACUUUCUUGGCCCAGUUCAACUUCAUCACACAUUAUAUUACCUGUAUCUAUUGUAUAUUUGCAUGCGUAUUUGGUAAAUUUAGUCCGAAAAAUACUGAAGGUUAUAUGUUAAGUCCCUGAUUUAGGUGUGGGAGCUCAUUAGAACUACUUUGUUUAUUUAUAUUCACCCACUUUCCAAGCACUUAAGUCCCUGGACAGAAAAAUGGAGUGAGAGUACGGAUAUAGUACAGAGUAAUGGAAGUGUAGGUUGGUGCUCCUCUCUGCGUGACGUUCUGAGCUUGGGUCACACUCACGCUGAGGAAGGAAGCCAGUGCAAUGUGUCAAAUGGAGAGUGAGAGAAAGACAGAGAGAGAGAGCGAGAGCGUCCUGACUGAAAGCUACCAUGACGCAUCCGUUUGAGAGGAUGCAGAUAGUACAGUGAUCACAAUCCAUGAUUUAAACCAGGACAGUUUAGGACACAUUUGUUUCAUAUGCAAAUAUACUGCUUUCUAGUAGCUGUUUUGUAAUAAUAUUUAAGUCAGUUGUCUGUAGCCUGGAAAUUUCUUACUAUACAUACAUUUUGUCCAACAAAUGUUUAUAUUUCUUCCUUCAUGGUUACAGACAAAAGGUGACAAAAUAAGUACGGGACACAGGCUGCUCAAACAAAUUUAAUUUCUUCAUUUUUUUCAUGUGUAACUUUUCAAUUAAAAUACACUACCAGUCAAAAGGUUCUGCACAGUAGAGAAAAUUCGAGACAUUCUUUUCUGCUCUGUUUCAUGUGAUGAAACAGGUAACUAGUGCAUUUAAAGUUAAUGGACAGCCUAGAAUUUGACUAUGUCAUCACCACAUAACCAGUUAAUAGGAUGUGAGACAUCCUUGUUUUAAUUCACAUACUUUUUUCAUGUUAUAAAGGAAACUUACAUUUUCAUUUACUUACAUUUUCAUUUAUAGCUGUUCACUCAACCUUCUAAUGUUUAACAAGUAUACAAAAUCUGCAGUUCAUGAAAUAAAUGGAAAAGUGAUAAAAACCUGAUGCGAAUACUUUAACCAAGGUCUGUUUUAUAUUUUUUCCUAUGAAAUGUACAUAUACAUAUGUUUUUCAAAGCAACACAAAUAUCAAAUCUGAUCCGCCUAUGUUCAGUAAUUCAUGCAUCCAUAACGGAAAUGCAGUGUAUUUUAACAAGAAUGUGCCGUGUCUAUAUUUUAUAUUUUUCAUGCAGAUAAUUAUGCAUUGUGUAUUGAUGUAAAAGACAAUGAACAGAUAAUAUAGAUCGAAAAGAAAAACAGGGAUAAGGAAAACAAAAGGAUGAUGAGAGAGGGUAAAGUCAUAUGUGGAGUAAGAGUGUUUGUUUGGGCUUUCAACACGGGAAACCCUGUGCGAAAAACCUCUAAAAAUAGAAACUGCAAAACGAAAAGAAAAACAGGAGGAAACAAAAAGGGGAAGACAAAAGGGAAAGCAGGGAAGGAGAAGUAAGAGACACGUGGAAGAUUGGUGGUUUUUCCACUAUGGAGGCCAACCGAAAGCAAAAGAGGGAGGGGCCAGCGCCCGAAGACGGCAGAGCCAGGGAAACAAUGCACGCAUGCUUUGUUAGUAUGCAAGUGCGUGUGUGUGUGUUAUGGCCGGAUGUGUGUGUGCGCGUGUGUCGGUGUCAGUGCCAGAGGAGGAGUCACUUCGAAAUACAGAAUUUCACGGAUUCUUCCUCUACUCAACAGCCCCUCCCUCCUCAAGCAGACAACUUAAGCCAUUUCUAUUACCACUACGAGCAUGACAUCACUGGAGUUUCCGUCGGGCUACACAGAUAUAAAACUGCAUCUGAGAAUGAGUGCAGACACAAACUCCUUUAUUUAUCUGGUACUGACAAACCACUAACAAGUGACAGUACAGCUCCGUGAAACAUCUCUACUGCAUUUAUUUGCUUUUCCUUCGGACUCUGGGUCGGCUACCAUGACGGUUUACGGCAAGACUACGGAAGACAUCGAGAGCGGGCAGGUGAUGGCUGCGGGGCACAAGUCAUCUGGAAGCUGGUUUUGGAAGCUGUGCAGUGUGCUGUCGCUCAUGGCUGUUUGCGCCGUCCUCGCUCUGCUUUUCACCUGGCACAUUCAGAAGCAAGAACAAACACUGACAGAAAGACCAGCAAACGCUCUCACUGGACAGCGUGAAGUACAUGAGCAGCAGAGAACCCUCAAGCAGAUAGCUGACAAAGUUAAGGCAGGAAUACACGUUGAAGGCUCGGUGAAGCAAGAUCACUUCAAAUCGUCAGUGGAAUGGAGCGUCAUAGAUGGCCAUUCCUUCGUUCAGGGGGGGCUUACUCUACAAAAGAACAAGAUCAUCAUCCCAUACACGGGGCUGUUCUUCGUGUACAGCCAGGCCUCAUUCCGUGUGUCCUGCAGCACCACCGAAGGCAGCCAGCAGCCGUGGAUCAUGGCGCUCAGUCACACGGUGAUGCGUUACUCAGCGUCUUACGGCGGCGAGAAGCCGCUGCUCAGUACUGUCAAGUCACCCUGCGUUGGCGCCUCUAAUGAUUUCGACACAAGCGGGAAAGUCUUCAGCAGCAUCUAUCUGGGCGCUGUCUUCAAACUGCGGCGCGGUGAUGAGCUGUGGACGGACACCAAUCGGCUGCAGGACAUCGACACCGACGAGGGGAAGACCUUCUUCGGUGUCUUCGCCCUGUGACAACGGAAAGCGAGAAUUUUGUGGGCAAGGACAUGUGCAGAUAAGGAGAGGAUGACUAAUUUGUUAAGGAAGGUCUAGCUGUAAUGAACUAAACACAAAAAUAAUUAACGAGAUCCUGAGAACAAAAUGAGAAACAAAUACAGAAAUCACAGUGAAGAAAUAUGGGCAUGGGGAACAGUUCUACUGAGUAGCUUAUCAAUACAUGCCUGACCAUCUGAUUGUGCUUGAAGUAAUAGUCAAUAUUUGACUGCGGUAUAUCACACUUGUUUUAUGAUAAAACAUAAGAAACCUAAAGUCCUAUAAGAACUAUAUGUGUCUGAACAGUAUUUGUAAACUGAAUCAGUUUUGCAGCCUCAUCCACUGUGUGCUGUUCAUUCACAGCAUCGAAGUAACGCCAAGCUCUAUGUUCUGCUGUUAAACAUGAUCCGGUACAUGCUACCAGUGAACCGCUUUACUGUAAUUUACUCUCAUUUAUUGCAGUUUACAUGGUACACAGGGGGCAAUGAAACAACUUAUUGUUGUGAAAAGUAAGCUCUUUUUUAAGAUAGUUUAAUAGUUUUAAAAUAUUUAUUUUUAUUUAUUUCCUGUCCAACUUUAUUUAUAUUUGUAUCACUAGGGUUUAUUUAAUUACAGAUGAAUGUAUUUGUACUGUGUUGAUUGUAUUUAAUGCUAUUUAUUCACUAAUAUUUUGAAAUGGUAUUGUUCUUUUACUACUGAUAGAUGACUAUUAAAAUGUUGCUGAAUUUCAA